AUGGAUGUAUUAAGUUUUGUUCAAGACUAAAUUUACUUACGUUUACGGCAAACGUCAAACCGCUAGCGAAGUUUUUGAUUUUACAACUCUAUUAUAAUAGUUUUUACACCAGUUUUGAAAUAUGUUAAACAACUAUUAAACUUGUGCUCUUUAGCAAUGAUUUAAGAAACCAAAUUAACCACUAGUCAUUAAGGCCCGUCCACACGUGUCCGGAUAAAUUUGAAAACGCAUAAAUAUUUAUCCGUUUUCAAAAAGUUCUGCGUCCACACGUUGUCGUUUCUGAAUCGUUUUUGGCGUCCACACAUAAACGCGAAAACGAUUUGAAAACGCUGACAUCGCCUACUGAGCAUGCUCUUUAGAGAAAACAUGUGACCGCAAUCUCGCGUACGCCGAGCCUGCAUUCCUUUUGGGCUUCGCUGCUUCGCCGCAAAACAAAGCAAAACAUCAAACUGUGUUUGUGCCUCGUGGUUUACAUUAAACAGCAGCAUAUAUGUCGAUCAAAUGAUGUCAAAUCCAAAAGAAAAAGCACUAAAUCAAAAGGAAAAGCCAAGAACGACAACUUUGUUUGGACAGACGACGAAGUCGAACUUCUUUUAAAUGUCGUGGUCGAAUAUAAAGUAAAAAGGACAGCAGAAAAUGUCGACUGGGAAUCGUGUAUCACAAAAUACUCUGAUAUUUUGGAUAUGUUUAUCGCACAGUAUCCAUCCCCAGAAAACGCUGAAAUGAUUGGCAAAAGCUUCUCACACAAAGAGCAUGAACUAAGCAAAGCUAGUCUGACCGCAAAACUGAAACAGGUGAGGUUGAAGUUCCGAUCUGCCGUGGAUAGUUGGAGGAAAAGUGGCCAUGGUAGAGUGGUCCUUCUCUACUUUGAAUUAUGUGAACAAAUAUGGGAUGGCUCUCCGGCUACAACCACUUUACCGACAGGAAUAGAAACCAGCGAAAUACAAGACGAACUCGAGUUAAGUAUGUUGAAUUCUCCAAGUCCUGCUAGUAGAUCUGGUACUUCUCCGAGCAGAUGUGGUAACCCUACUAGUAGAGCAAGUACCCCUACUAGUAGAGCUAGUACCCCAUCCACCAGCACCAUAGAGCUUGACGACGAUGAGCGACCUGAGAAUGUGAUUGAGUCCAAUCAACAAAACAAUGAGAAUGCGAAGGAUGCACCAUUAAAGGAAAGGAGAGACUUACUGGACGCUAGAUUGAAGGGAUACAGGCAAGAAAAGCUGAAACGAAAACUUUCCAUCGACUCUCAAUUGUUAAGUGUUGCUCAAGAUGAUGUUGAGAUUAAGAAAAGGUUGAUAGAGAAGCUGGAUAACAUGGACAAACAGCAAGCAAACAACAUGAGUAAACUGACUUCAAAUAUGGAACAGCUGACUGGGUCCAUAAUAGAAGGCUUUGCUAUGCCAAGGCAAGUAAUGCUUCAACCAUGUGCCAUGCCACAACAGUAUACAGCACCGCAACCUGUUUAUCUUGACUCCUACAACAGAAUGCCUCAGCACCAGCAUUCAGCAACCCAGGAGUACGGAAAAUACU